CUCAGCAGCAUUCUUUAGAGUCAAUUUAGUCUUUUCCUGCUAAAAGAGGCCCGCAUAUAAAGCAAUCUUUAGUAUGGCGUUUCUGUGGAUUGUUCUUACCUUCGUAGGACAAGUAGCUGUCAUCUGCAAGGGGGAUGUUGUAUACCAUCAGACUAUGUCUCCAUUCUGGCUGGAGUCGCACGCGUCUUACAUCGACAGUCAACGCACAACAACCAAUGAGCAGAUCACUUUUAAUAAGGGUUCAGCGAGACACGCCCUGCUUUUAAAAGUUCCCAUGCUCCUUCCCGGUGUUGUCACGAGUAACAGCCGGCUGACCGUUAAGAUAACAGUGGCUAAUGACGUCACAAUCGGGACCACCGAGGAGAGCGAUAACAGAUACGGUGUAUCAGACGGCACGAAUUUUAUCGGAUUUCAUGUUCCUGAUAAAGCAAGUUAUGUCAACCGCCCACCCUGUUAUGGGGUAGAAGGACCAUCUGGUUCGGGUUUAUUCGGAUUGAAUUACAUCAAUCGUGCAUCAACUAAAGCGCAGGAUUCUUUCUACCCGGGUCAGGUUGAGUUCACUAUAAAGUUGGAUGAACGCUGGGGUUCGUGUUAUACCGCACAUGAUGCUGGGUAUACAAACGUAGCGAAAUUUAACAGGCGACUGGUGAUCAGUAAUGGCCUAAGUCUAGAAGUUUACAAAGACGAAGCAAAUGAAAGAGUUGGCAUCAAGUACAUUGAAGUUAUCAUUGUACAAGAUGGCUAACUUGCUUAAGUUAUACUGCAGAACAUUUUUUAACGUAUUGAACCAGUAUUAAACAAGUAUUGGACCGAUAUUGCGCCAGUAUCGAACGUAGGCGGCAAUGUAAUAAUUGUAUUGUAAAAGUACCGUAAACCAAUCAUUAUUUAUCGCCUGCAGGGGAAAGUGAACGAUUUCUGGGGUAUUACUUGACUUUCAGGGGGAUCAGGGGGGGGGGGAAUCAGUCGUCGCUAACAGAAUAUAAGGGGCCAUAGGACCGUCACAACCAAAAUGCUCCAGCCUUCUCUCCCCAUCCUGGUGAUAAAUAAAGAACUGGCUUCUUAGGGGGCAAUGCAAUAUUGUUCUGUAAAAGUUUCGUAAGUAUUAACAGUGUUGAAAUAUCUCAAAUAUUACAGGCUGCACGGUAUGAAGUACUGUUUUGACAUUAUUUGUAUUAUUUUGUUACUUUUUAAAAAAGCCAGAAAAAAAAAACUAAGAUAAACAUAAUGGCAAGGAACUAAAGCAUUGUCUGAGAAGAAUCUAACCACCUUGUUGUCACUAAAUAUGAUAUUUUCCAUGUAUUUUAUUAACUGCAUACGAUACAGUCUGAGCCGUAAGCUUAGCUUCAAUACAAUUCUAAUGUAUACUGGCCUUUCUCUAGUUUAAAUUUGUUUGCUUUCAGAUAAGUAUUAUUUCGUCUCGGAUAACUGUAAGGUCGUUAGUUUUGAACAAGGGUUUUGAAGAAACAUUUAUUCUAUUCAAACCAGGAACAAAAACAAUGUUUUAAAACGGAACCGUGACUGAAACGUUUUACAGAACGUUCGAGAUUAGAGUUACGUCUAGAAAUUUUCUUCGGGAUUUUUUAAGCCAAAUACUGGACUUUUUAGGUUCUGCGGUUCUUUAAUUUGCCGCCAACAGAUGACUAGUUUCUAUACACUUUGCUGAAUGCUGGUAUUUUGUUGACGUCAGCAGUUUUGAUUUGCUCCGCUUUCGACCUGAAUUACCUUAGCUUAGAAAUGGAGGCCCGCCAAGAAUAGAAAAUAGCAACGUCUUUAGAUAUUCCCGAAGCAGCUGUGAGGGCGCCUCCGACUAAAGAUCGGUAAGUACAGUGUGGUGAAUGUUAACUAUGUUAUAUCAAGCACUCGACGUUGUAUCUUGACGUUUUAAAGUAUUCCUGACGGUAAGUGUGAAACAUGUUAUUAAUAUCGACUGUCAAGAGCGCUGCUGCCGUCCCAUAUCAUUUUCUUAAUAUAACAGUGUUCUCAUGUGGUUGGGUCGUUAAUAAAUAUAUCUGAAAUGGAACAAUUACACACUAGAUAGCAAAUAUUGAAUGAAUUCCUCGUAUUUUGAAUUGAAAUUUACCUUUACUCAUGCAUGCCAACAAUCCCCACAAAUUUUUACCGAUGGAAGAUGGCAGAGGGUAUGCUAGAUUGAAAGGGGUGUUUUCUUGUUUUUAAGCAUAGUAGCUGGAUUUUAGACCAAUCACUGUACCAUGUUGCAACACAGUACUUUAUAUUUGAUGAUGUGGUUGUGUCCAGUAUGGGUCAUGUAAGCUUCGGGAUACGUCAAGGAUACUACAUCAAGCAUUGUGCUAAUAGGCCUGAGUGUGCCGCCGCAUUCUUCAAACCUAAUUAGCUUCUUUACAUUUUGAGAAGACUUUUGUAUGACGGACAUCGAGAAAGACAAUCAAAUGGGAAUAAUAAGGAUUAUCUAUGUUUUUGUUCUAUUUCCUGUCUUGAGCGAAGGAGAAAUUCUUUACCACCAGACUAUGACUCCAUCUUGGCUAGAAGCGCAUGCGUCUUACAUUGACAGCUCUCGUACAUCAACCACUGAAUUACUUACAUUCAACGCAGGCUCAGUAGCUCAGAGAGCUCUCCUGAAAGUUCCUUUGAUACCCCCUGGCGCUUUAAGAUCUUCUACUCCGCUGACCAUUGAAAUCACAGUAGCAAAUGACGUCAGCAUUGGACAGGUCGUUGACAGUGAUACUCGAUAUGGAGUGUCAGAUGGUGCAAGAUUUAUUGGAUUUCAAACGCGAGACAGGACAAAUUACAACAACAUGCAUCCAUGUUAUGGAGUGGAAGGUGUACCUGGUAAAACUUUAUCCCCUCACCGAUAUAUUUCACAAGCAACUAGUAAGCCACGCCAGUUCAUGUACCCAGGUCGUUUCGUCUUCACCAUUAAGUUGGAUGAACGCUGGGGCUCGUGUUACACUCCGCAUGACGGAGGAUACGUGAAGAAUAUUGGCUACAAUAACCGACUGAUGCUCAGUAAAGGUCUGACAUUUGAAGUCUAUUCAGAGGACUCGAAGGACAGAGUUGGUAUCAAGUAUAUUAAAGUGGUCCUCAUACAAGACGUUUAGGACUAGGAUGACUGAGAGGGAACAAAACUUUGAUAAAAAGAAGCAUCAUUAUAGUUUUUUAGAACACUUAAGUAAUACUUCAAUCGCUAAAUUUAUUGUAAAAAUUGGUUCAAGAGUGCAAAUCGUACUUAUCACCCUUAAAAAUACAUUUGAUGAACAAUUUCUUCAAAAUAUAGUUCUCACUACCUUUACUUUUCUUUACAAUAGUUAAGGAUUUUUUUUAAUUUUCCAGAACUAGGCAAAUGUAUAGUUACAAUUAACUCUUUCCAAGUAGAAAAAUCUGUUGAUUUGGCACGCAGUAAAACAAAACAUUGCAUGUAACUGAUGUACAGUUACUUCGAAACAACGAUUUGAUUUCAUUUGCCUUAAUAAAUUAUGAACAUAUUUAAGACAAACCAAGCAUUGGAGGUUUAGAGCUUGAAAAACUUAGGCCACAAUGCUAUCCUUCUGUAUAUUUUGAGUUCUUCACAGAUCCGACAUCGCAAUUAACAAAAAAAAUUAAAUAAUGUACUAGAUGCACUUAAAAGUAAAUCAUACGACCUCGUUCCCAGGAAAUUUUCCCUUACUUGGAGGUGGGGCUUUGGGAACGAGGUUGGCAAUUCAAAGUAAUGAUGGCUGCGAGAGAGUUAAUUUCGCUUAAUUUUGCUUAUUAUGAAAAACACGAAGCAGCAAACAUCGUAGCCCUUCUUAACACAGCUGUAUUUCGCUCAGCUUUCUGGGUACUUGAAUAAUUUGCUUGGCAUUAUGGGUACCCAAUACAUUACAACUAGUAACAUAUAGA